AUGGUGAAGGAAACGUUGAUUAUAAUGUCUUCUAGUAUUGGAGCCCAACUAACGUCCGUUAAAAUAGACGGUGGAUGUGGUGGUGGGGACGUGGAGUGUGUAAAAUGCGAGUGUUGUGGUUUAACGGAAGAGUGUACAUUGACAUAUAUUGCAACCGUGAAAGAAAGGAACCAAGGGCGUUGGAUAUGUGGGCUAUGUACGGAAGCAGUGAAAGAUGAGAAGGAAAGAGCGUGUUCGGAUUCGGAAGAGGAAGCAUUGGAUCGACAUAUGAAGUUUUGCAAGAAAUUUGCGAAUUCGCCCCCAACGGAUCAAUCCGAGGAUUUGAUUUCUGCAGUGAAACAUCUUUUGAUUCGAAGUUUGGAAUCUCCAAGGUCGCCAAGAUCUUCGAAUGAUGGUGAGCAGGAAAAUUCGGGUUCUCGUCGGUUGUCAACUUCACGUUUGUCGUUUUAG